AUGAACAUUUCUGGUUCUCCAAAUGCUGUCUCCACAUCUCCAACCACUUCAUACUUGAGCCAGUAUGUCCCUUCAAAGCCAACAAAGGCAUUGAAACCAUUUUCAACUGGUGACAUCAAGAUCUUGUUGUUGGAAAAUGUCAACCAAACUGCCAUUAACAUAUUCAAAGGACAAGGUUAUCAAGUUGAAUUUUACAAAUCUUCUUUGCCAGAAGAUGAGUUGAUUGAAAAGAUUAAGGAUGUGCAUGCCAUUGGUAUCAGAUCCAAAACCAAAUUGACCGAAAAGGUUUUGAAACAAGCCAAGAACUUGGUGGUUAUUGGUUGUUUCUGUAUUGGAACAAACCAAGUCGAUUUGGAGUUUGCUGCCAAGUUGGGUGUUGCAGUCUUCAACUCGCCCUUUUCCAACUCAAGAUCUGUUGCCGAGUUGGUCAUUGCUGAGAUUAUCACAUUGGCCAGACAAUUGGGAGACAGAUCAAUCGAGAUGCACACUGGAACUUGGAACAAAGUCAGUGCCAAGUGUUGGGAAAUUAGAGGCAAGACCUUGGGAAUUGUGGGAUAUGGUCACAUUGGUUCACAAUUGUCAGUGCUUGCAGAGGCAAUGGGUAUGAAUGUUAUCUACUAUGACGUCAACACAAUCAUGGCUCUUGGUAACUCCAAACAAGUUGAUACCUUGGACGAAUUAUUAAAGAGAGCCGAUUUCGUUACUUUGCACGUGCCAGCCACACCAGAAACCAAAAACUUGUUGAGUGCUCCUCAAUUCGCCGCUAUGAAGGAUGGCGCGUAUGUUAUCAACGCUUCCAGAGGUACAGUUGUUGAUAUCGCAGCAUUGGUGCAAGCCAUGAAUGCCGGUAAGAUUGCUGGUGCCGCAUUGGACGUGUACCCACACGAACCAGCAAAGAAUGGUGAAGGUUUGUUUAAUGACGACUUGAAUGGAUGGGCUAGCGAAUUGACUUCACUUAGAAAUGUGAUUUUGACUCCACACAUUGGUGGAUCAACAGAAGAAGCACAAUCUGCUAUUGGUGUUGAAGUGGCCAACGCUUUAACCAAAUACAUCAAUGAGGGUACCACACAAGGUGCCGUCAAUUUCCCAGAGGUCUCGUUAAGACCAUUGGAUUUGGACCAACAAAAUGUCGUCAGAGUAUUGUACAUCCACCACAAUGUUCCUGGUGUGUUAAAGACAGUCAACAACAUUUUAUCCAACCACAACAUUGAGAAGCAAUUUAGUGACUCACAAGGCGACAUUGCAUACUUGAUGGCAGACAUUUCAGAUGUCGAUAUCAGUGAUAUCAAGUCCUUGUAUGAGCAAUUGGAACAGACCCCAUACAAGAUUGCUACUCGUCUAUUGUAUUAG